CUAAUACAUAAACCAGGUACAGAGUGUCCCUGCACCUGGACUUAAUGAUAUUGAGUGAAGAGGAGAAAAGUGAUGGUUUUCCAUUUCUGAGCGGGGCAUGAGGGAAGUUAUUCUUGCACAAAUGACAUAGGAGACCGCGUCCGAUGGAAAAGGUAACCACAGUCCGGACCGUCAGUUCUUCUGGUGGUGAAGGACAGAGAAGCUCAGCUGACAUUUUAAUAACUGCAAAUGGCUCAGGUGGAAGAGCUGCAUCAGGAGGCUCCAGCUCUGUGGGGGUCACAUCCAGAACCUCCAGUGGCUCAGGGACCAGCAAAGGUCAUGAAGGCUUCACCAUCACCACCGUAGGAGCCGCUGAAGGCGGGCUAGGCUUCAGAGCCUCCUCCAGCAGGUCCUCCAGUGUCGGCAGAGAGAGCAAAAGUGCCGGUGUUUCAACCGUCACAAAGAGCAGCUACAGCUCAGGGGGAUCAGCAGAACCAAAGAGAGGAUCCUUGUCUCCUUCUAAAGACAAGAAGAGCAUAAGUACCAUGGCAGCUGCUCUCACUGAUGUGUUUGACGAAAGUUCAAGCACAAACUCAUCUCCCGAGUACAACAGGAAGGACUACAGCACAUCAACUGCAACUACAACUUCUGCCACCAGAGGGAGAUCACACAGCAGAGAGAGUGAGAUCAGAGCCCGACUUCAGAGUGCCUCACCCACAACAACAAGAUGGACAGAGCUGGACGACGUAAAGCGUCUGCUCAGAGGGAACCAGUCCAACAGCACCAGCCCCACACAGUCUCCCAACAACACACUGCCCAUCCCCAGGAAGGCCAGCGUGGAGGCCAGGAGCAUGUCUGAGAACUCCAGCAACGCAGACCACUAUGGCAGCAUCUGGUCUGGAGGAGUGACCAAUAGCUACAGUUACAGCACCAACCCUAAUAAUGUGUCUACCAGCUCCACCCUCUACCAGUCAGGACCGCAGAACAACCUGACUCUCAGCUCUCCUUACGUCAGCAGCAGCAUCUCUGCCAGCAGCUCUGUUCCAGUGUAUGGCGUGCAGAAUAACCUGAUCAGCAGCAGCAGCGCCACCGUUUCCUCCCCCACAGGAGUCAACAGUCAGAUCGUGUAUGGUGUGCAGAAAAAUGUGUCUGGAACUGGAGCGACCACAACCUCAGUGAGGCCCAGCAGUCCAAGCACCGAUGAAGCUUCAGGCAAAGACUUCAAGUUUGUGAUGAUCGAGAAGGACAACGCUCCGGUCAAGAAGGAGACCGAGAGGCUGGUCACGACCAAAGACACUGGGAAGCAAUUCAUGUCUGCUGCCCCUGCUGUGACCUACUCUGAGGACUCACUGAAGAGGGAGAAACAGAAGCUGUCCUCCAGCACGGUGGAUGAAGGAGCAGACGUUCAAUCUUCCUAUCUGAAGGCAGCAACAAAGGACAAAGCCACGUACGCAGAGAUCCAGAAGGACAGGUCCGGCUUUGGUUUCUGCUCCUGCUGCAGCUGGUGGAAGUGGCUGCUGGGCCUCCUGCUGGGCCUCCUCCUCCUCCUCGGUCUCCUCUUUGGGCUGAUCGCCCUAGGUGAAGAAGUGAAAAGGCUUAAGAACCGCGUCGAUGCUCUAGAGGCCGGUGCCGCCACAGCUUCAGCCACAUCCAGUCGUUUGUCUUCUGGAAUCAACAUCAUCGACCCGCUGGAUUCGUCCUACAUUGAGAAGAGUUCUGCUGGGUCCACUUUGACCCACUCUGACAACACCAUCAACCUGGGCUCUGCUGCAGCAGGAGGAGGUGGAGGGAGUGGACCCAGGCCGGACAGUGCUGCUCUGCAGAGAACCGUCCAGCAGCUCCUCAGAGCUGAACUCCGCUCAGAUACUUUCCGAGAUUCACUUGCACACAGUCUUAAAGGAGAGCGAGGAGAGCCAGGACCUAAAGGUGACCCUGGAGCAAUAGGACCAAAAGGUGACAGUGGAUUUCCUGGUCUACCUGGUCCUCCAGGUCAGAUGGGUCAUCCUGGACUGGAAGGAGGACGAGGGCCAAAGGGAAGUGCAGGAGACCACGGUCCUGAGGGGCCCCCAGGACAGAGGGGCCGUGAUGGGCAGAUUGGCCCUCGUGGAGAAGCUGGACUCCCUGGGUUUGGAGAGAAAGGAGAAAAAGGAUCUCCAGGGGAGCCUGGACGUUCAGGUUCUCCUGGUCUUGCUGGACCCAUUGGGCCAAAAGGUGAGAAAGGACAGAACGGCGCCUCAGGAAACCCGGGCACUCCUGGUCAAAAAGGUUACCAAGGUGAAGCAGGAGCUCCAGGAGCCAAAGGUGACAGAGGAAGUCCGGGCGUUUCGGGAACCAAAGGAGACCAGGGUGAGAGGGGACCACGUGGACUUGCAGGUGAACCUGGACCAGUUGGACUCACCGGGCCUGCAGGACCGAAAGGAUCAAAAGGAAUGUCAGGAGACACCGGAUCAAUGGGUCAGCCUGGUGUUAGAGGACCACCUGGACAUCCUGGAGAUACUGGUUCACCAGGCAUUCCAGGACUGCAAGGACCUCCAGGUGUUGCUGGAAAUCCUGGACAACCUGGAGCUAAAGGAGAACCUGGUCUACCUGGAAAAGUCAUCAGUACAGGUGGCUCUGACACUGUGGCAAUCCCUGGCGCUCCAGGGCCUGCUGGGGCCCCUGGACCUGCUGGAUCCCCAGGUUUGUCUGGUCCUAUCGGUCCUGCUGGUAUCCCAGGACAACCUGGUCCUAAAGGAGCACAAGGAGAGAAGGGAGAACAGGGAGAGAGAGGAGCACCAGGAAAGGCUGGUGAACCUGGUAUCAGCAUCUCAAGUUCUGAACCCGUCAGUGGGCCCAGAUCUGGUCUAGGUGGUUGGCCUGGUCCACCAGGACCUCCAGGUCCUCCUGGACCCCAGGGUCCUCAGGGGCCUUCUGGUGAAGGUAAACAAGGAUCUCCAGGUCGCAGAGGGCCUCCAGGAGAACCAGGUGUGGGCUUCCCUGGACCCCCGGGAGAGAAAGGGGAACCUGGCAGCUUUGUGCCUACGUCAGAAACCUUCUUUGCUGGACCACCUGGACCCCCAGGACCAAAGGGAGUCCAGGGUUUACCAGGUGACAGAGGACCCCGAGGUUAUCAAGGUGAACCAGGUCAACCAGGUCUUCCAGGAGAACCAGGUGUUGGUUUCCCAGGCCAGCCUGGAUCUCCAGGACCCCACGGUCCCCAAGGACACAAAGGUGAUCCAGGACGUCCCGGAGUUCCAGGUGUCCCAGGACCGCCCUCUAAUGGUGGUUCUCACGUUCCUGGUCCAAGUAGUAGGGACGAUGUGGGCCAGUACGUAGCUGAGUACCUGCAGAGUGGUCCAAUCAGGGAUUAUCUGGCUGGCCCUCCUGGGCCUCCUGGUCCUCCAGGAGCUCCAGGUUCUCCAGGAAACGGGGGGGUGGAUGAUGUGGCGAAUCGAGUCUUAGCUUACAUUCAAAGUUCAGGACGAGGCUACGAUGGAACUCCUGGACCCCCAGGUCCUCCAGGUCCUCCUGGUGCUGUCUCUGUCAAUGACAUCAUCAACCUGUUACAACGAGACGAUGUGAGGAGAUUUGUAGCUGGUCCCCCAGGUCCUCCUGGUCUACCUGGAACUCCAGGUUCUUCAGGAACUCCCAGAAGUGGAGAUCCAAGCCACUACUACAACCAGCACCCCCAGGACAUCGCUGAAAAAGUGCUCAGUCUCAUGAAUGAUAUGGGGGUGUUGAAUGUCCCUGGACCUCCUGGACCCCCCGGACCACCUGGUCUUCCUGGAAACUUGUUUACAACUGGAUAUCAAACUGCUCAGGGCCCUCAGGGGCCCCCCGGACCUCCAGGAUUGCCGGGUCCACAGGGACCACCUGGAAGAGCAGGACCUCAAGGCCCACCAGGAGAUUUGAACUACAUCAGCCCAGACAUUCGUGACUACAUCCAGAGUGUCUCCUUCAAAGGUAGCCUAGGCCAGGCUGAAGAAGAGUCGCUCGUAGCUAAACAACAAGAACAUUUCAUGCGUAAGUUUAAUUUAUCUGCUGUGGUAACCCCUUGUGAUUCUCAAACUGAAGAGCACGGGAUCCUGUGUGAUUCAGAAAAAGAGGUAACAAGAGACUCCAGUCGAGUUCUUCAAGGUCCUCCAGGACCUCCUGGACCUCCAGGCAGACCUGGACACAGCCAGUGGAUCAGUUCCAGAGACAGCGUUGUGGAUGUGGUGGAGUAUCUCAAAUCUGGUGGUGUGCUACGUGAUAUUGUGAACGAGUACAACAGCCGACUCUUCCAGGGACCUCCAGGUCCACCUGGACCUCCAGGUCCUCCAGGACAAAGCCCUUGGUCUGGAACAUAUGGAAAUGCCACAGAGUUGCUGGAGUACAUCAGAAGACACGGUCUGCUUCAUAAUCACAAUGAGCACAUCGUACAGGGACCACCUGGACCACCAGGUCCUCCAGGAUACAGCCAACUGUUUGGGUCCCAUGCUAAUGUCACUGACGUAGUGGAGUACAUUAGAAGUCAUGGAGCCAUUGCUGGGAAACCAGGAAGACCAGGAACUAAAGGAGACAUGGGAUUACCAGGAAUUAAAGGAGACAAAGGUGAUCCAGGCUUCAGUGGACCUCAGGGACCCAAAGGACAGAAGGGUGACAAAGGAGACCUCUCCAUGAUAAGCAAAAGGAGGAGGAGGAGGAGGAAUACAUCAAGAGUUGGCGGGCGGGCGACCCCUAAGGAUCUGCCGAAGUACUGCAUGCGGUAG